UUUACGUCAUCUCCACAUAUUAGUUUGAUCUUCAUCAGAACGAACACAGGCGCAACGCCAAACCAAUUCGAGGCAGAGUCGAUGGCCACGCUCAGGCAGCUCGCCGACUAUGUGGAGGCGGAGGCCACCUCGGCCACGCUCUUCCUGCGCCUUCACGACAACAGUGCCCGCAUGCUCGACCAGCUGCAUAAGUUUAUGGCCGCCAAUGAGCCGUUUACACAGCGCACAAUUGUCAUAAGUCGCUCUCCGCUGGCUAUUUAUCAGCUGCGUAAACUGCAUCCGGAGAUAAUUUGCGGCCUGUGGCAUGAGACUUAUCUAUCGCUGGCCAUGCUCAAAUCCUCCACACUGAUUACCUCAAUCUAUGGUGCAAUCUUUCGCAAUAUCAUUGCCCCAGUGAUCGGCAUAAGCGUCGUCUUUCUCAGCAAGGAAGAGUUCAAUUUGCACAUUGCCGACCUGUGGCGCAAUGUGGGCGUCCGUCCAAUCGUCUACAUGGUGAAUUCACCCAACGAGAAGCGCUAUUUUCAGAAGACCAUGAAGAUACAAUAUCUGACCGACUCGCUGCGCUCCGAGCCGCAUCUUCUGAUGAAGGCCUAAGGAGUUGCAUUCACCAGCGGGGAAACCAACGAACUCAAACGAACACAACUCAGACAGGAGCGCACACAAAGAGAAACUGUUUGCAUUUAGCUGCGCUACACUUAUUUCUUAAGAGUAAUUCGUUUUUAGUGUCCACGUUCAGUCACCCACACUUGAUAUGUGUUUAUAUGAUGCGUUUUUUGUACGCGUUCUGCAUCCGUAGAAGCUUUAGAAAGUAUUACCCGUUGUGUACCAGUACCAGUACCCGUACCCGUACCAGUACCAGUGAGAUUGAAGCUAUUUGUAUAUUUAUGUUUGAUUAGGUCUUGUGCUUUAUUUAUUGUAUGUAGCGGAUGCU